UGUUUCUUUUUGUGCUUUUAAGUAAACAGAAUCAAAGACCAGUAUAAGGUGUCCGUACGCAUCCCUCCUGACAGUGAGAAGAGCAACCUGAUUCGCAUCGAGGGGGACCCACAGGGUGUGCAGCAGGCCAAGCGGGAGCUGCUGGAGCUCGCCUCUCGGAUGGAAAACGAGCGCACCAAGGAUCUGAUUAUUGAGCAGAGAUUCCAUCGCACAAUCAUUGGGCAGAAGGGUGAACGGAUCCGUGAAAUUCGUGACAAAUUCCCAGAGGUUAUCAUCAACUUUCCAGACCCAGCACAAAAAAGUGAUAUUGUUCAACUCAGAGGGCCCAAGAAUGAGGUGGAAAAAUGCACAAAAUACAUGCAGAAGAUGGUGGCAGAUCUGGUGGAAAAUAGCUAUUCAAUUUCUGUUCCGAUCUUCAAACAAUUUCACAAGAACAUCAUUGGGAAAGGAGGCGCAAACAUUAAAAAGAUUCGGGAAGAAAGCAACACUAAGAUCGACCUUCCAGCAGAGAACAGCAAUUCAGAGACCAUUGUCAUCACAGGCAAGCGAGCCAACUGUGAGGCCGCCCGGAGCCGCAUCCUGUCCAUCCAGAAAGACCUGGCCAAUAUAGCCGAGCUGGAGGUCUCGAUUCCUGCCAAGCUGCACAACUCCCUCAUCGGCACAAAGGGCCGCUUGAUCCGCUCCAUCAUGGAGGAGUGUGGCGGGGUGCACAUUCACUUCCCAGUGGAGGGCUCGGGAAGUGACACUGUUGUCAUCAGGGGCCCUGCUUCGGAUGUGGAGAAGGCCAAGAAGCAGCUCCUGCACCUGGCUGAGGAGAAGCAAACCAAGAGUUUCACCGUUGACCUCCGUGCUAAGCCAGAAUACCACAAGUUCCUCAUUGGCAAAGGGGGCGGCAAAAUCCGCAAGGUGCGUGACAACACUGGAGCCCGCAUCAUAUUCCCAACGGCUGAGGACAAGGAUCAGGACCUGAUCACCAUCAUCGGGAAGGAGGACGCUGUCAGGGAGGCUCAGAAGGAGCUGGAGGCCCUCAUCCAGAACCUGGAUAACGUGGUGGAAGACUACAUGCUGGUGGAUCCCAAGCACCACCGCCAUUUUGUCAUCCGAAGGGGCCAGGUCUUGCGGGAGAUUGCUGAAGAGUAUGGUGGGGUGAUGGUUAGCUUCCCACGCUCUGGCACACAGAGUGAUAAGGUCACCCUCAAGGGUGCCAAGGACUGUGUGGAGGCGGCCAAGAAGCGCAUUCAGGAGAUCAUUGAGGACCUGGAAGCCCAAGUGACCAUAGAAUGUGCCAUACCCCAGAAGUUCCAUCGAUCUGUCAUGGGCCCCAAAGGUUCCAGAAUCCAGCAGAUUACUCGGGACUAUAAUGUUCAGAUUAAGUUCCCAGACAGAGAGGAGAACCCAGUUCACAGUGUAGAGCCGUCAGUCCAGGAGAACGGGGACGAUGCCGGAGACGGGAGGGACGCCAAAGAGGCCGACCCUGGCUCCCCCAGGAGGUGUGACAUCAUCAUCAUCUCUGGCCGUAAAGAAAAGUGUGAGGCCGCCAAGGAAGCCCUCGAGGCACUGGUUCCUGUCACCAUCGAAGUGGAGGUACCCUUUGACCUUCACCGGUACAUCAUUGGGCAGAAGGGGAGUGGGAUCCGGAAGAUGAUGGAUGAGUUUGAGGUGAACAUCCACGUGCCAGCGCCGGAACUGCAGUCCGACAUCAUCGCCAUCACUGGCCUUGCCGUGAAUUUGGAUCGGGCCAAGGCUGGCUUGCUGGAGCGCGUGAAGGAGCUGCAGGCUGAGCAGGAGGACCGGGCUUUAAGGAGCUUUAAGCUGAGCGUCACUGUGGACCCCAAAUACCAUCCCAAAAUUAUUGGGAGGAAGGGGGCAGUGAUUACACAAAUCCGCUUGGAACAUGAUGUGAACAUUCAGUUUCCAGAUAAGGACGAUGGGAGCCAGCCCCAGGACCAAAUUACCAUCACAGGGUAUGAAAAGAAUACAGAAGCUGCCCGGGACGCCAUAUUGAAAAUUGUGGGUGAACUUGAACAGAUGGUUUCUGAGGAUGUCCCCUUGGACCACCGUGUUCACGCCCGCAUCAUUGGCGCCCGUGGCAAAGCCAUCCGCAAAAUAAUGGAUGAAUUCAAGGUGGACAUUCGCUUCCCGCAGAGUGGAGCCCCAGACCCCAACUGCGUCACCGUGACAGGGCUCCCAGAGAAUGUGGAAGAAGCUAUCGACCACAUCCUCAACCUAGAGGAGGAAUACCUGGCUGACGUGGUCGACAGUGAGGCCCUGCAGCUGUACAUGAAGCCGCCAGCCCACGAGGAGUCCAAAGCGCCAUCCAAGGGCUUUGUGGUCCGGGACGCUCCCUGGACCGCGAACAGCAGCGAGAAGGCCCCUGAUAUGAGCAGCUCUGAAGAAUUUCCCAGCUUUGGGGCUCAGGUGGCCCCCAAGACCCUCCCAUGGGGCCCCAAACGAUAAUGAUCAAAAAGCAGAAACCUCUCCAGCCUGCUGCCCCAAACCCCACCACACAUGGUUUGUUUCAAUCUGACCCAGCAGCUGGACCCUCCAUAAAUUGUUGACGCCUCCCCCUCCCCGAGGUCUCGCAGUGAAGCUGGGCGUGCCAGCACCCCGCGUGCGCUCAGGAUCUGCUCCCUGACACCUUUGCUCUGGGACGGCUCUCCACUGUUGCGAACACUAACAGAGGUAAUUGGACAUUUCCCUAUAAGCGUCCCGGCUCAUCCAGCAUGUCAGUAAGGCUCUGGCCUCCACUGUGAGAGCUGCACAGCUGUGGCUGGGUCUACUUCCUGUGUCGUGACCUCAGGAAAUAAAUUUCCUUGACUUUAUAAAAGCCAAAACGUUUGCCCUCUUCCUUUCCCACCUCCUUUCCUCCCUCUGCCUGCCGUCCAGACCCUCCUUGUCAAAUGCAAUCCACCUUCUUCCAGCUGCCAAAAAGCCCACUUAGCCCAGACCACAGGGUGGGGAGGAAGACCCAGUGUGCACACUGGGAGCGCCCGGACCCAAAGGAGAGCCGCGGUGGACCCAGAGGGGACCAGAAAGGCAGAAGGGUGACCCAGGUUCUCAGGCGGUCUUGGCUUUACACACGUUGGGUCUGAAAGCACCAAGUGUCUCCACCCCCGCACCACACAGCGCUGGAGACCCCAAGUCUGGUGAGCGAAGCCUGAGGACAAGGCUGCAAGUCUCCGUCUGGGUCCACUGUGGCUGGCGUGGUGGCCUGGUGUGGCCUGAGGAAUGCGGGGACGGAGAGGGGAGGCCCGCAGAGCCGCGGGGUAGACCAUCCACUCCUCCCUCGUGCCCACGCCCACGUGUGGCCAGGUGUUGAGUCGCCUCCUUUCUACCUCAGAGCCAGCGUGGCGUGGUCCCGUGCUUAGGGGAGUGCCACCCCCAGCGCUCUUCAGAGGUUUCUGGUGGUGGCAUGUUUGCUGCAGCGCUGGGGCUCACCCAGGCUGUCCUCUCACACAUGCCCAGCUGUUCUGUGUGCAGGCUCCGGGAGUUGGCUUGGAGAGGCAGGCUUCGUAGUCCUGGGGUGGAGAGAGGUGGUCGGUUGGCCUGGACCAGAGGACCAGCUGCCAGUAAGGGAGGGUCUGCUCUGUCUCAGGUGCGUGGUGGGGAACUGGGUGUUGGACCCCAGGCCUUGGCGAGACAAAGUGCCGCACCCCGCCCCCCCCCGAUUGUUGAAGGUCUGCUCUAGAGAGGAAAGGGGGCCCCGGGCAGUGCGGAGGUGCCCGUGUGCUGUGUCGUGUGGGAACAAGGACGGGCCCUUUGUCUUGCUGUCUAGCCUCCCCCUCCCUGCCUCUGCCCCCACAGAGGCGACUGGGCCUUGUCAUGUUGUUCCACCCCGAGGUACUGGAGUUCCUAGGGGCCAGACGCGUGUCCGACAUGUGUCCCACACACAGCCUGUGCCACCCCUGCGCCCCCAUCCUUCACCCUCGAGCUCCAUUAACUGAAGCUUGGUGACCUUCUGACUCUGAGAUUCUGAGUAGACUGAGAAUCACUUGACAAGUGAACCUUGAGCUGUCUUCGCAAGCUCCCGUCCACUGCGGCAGCCUGCAGUGUGCCCGUCUCUAGGAGCGAUAGACCGGGGUAGGGGAGAACGCGCACUUCAGCAGACAGGCUGGGUGACCCCAGAGCAGGCCCGGUGAGGAGACGGAGGGAGGAGGGGCGGCGCUGCCCGGCCUUUCUCCAGGAGCACCCCCUCCAUCUCUUGGGGAGCCUGAUUGGGAAAGGGCACCUCCUCUCCACCUGCAUGAGGCUUGGAGCCUUUCCUGUUGGCCAUCUUGUUCCCUCUGCCUGCCCUUCCGACUGACUCCCACGGCGUCUACCCCAACCCCUCUUCCCUUCGUCUUUUCUACAGCUUCCUUCCGCCACCCCCACCCCUGCCCUUCCCUAGAGGUAAAUUUUAAAUUUUCACAACAGGUUUUUUGCACAUUUGCAUUUAUUGCUAAAUGUUGUAGAUGCAAACCUCCCCUCCCUUCCCUAAACUGUACUUGGGAUCUUGUGUGCUCUGUUUUUGGUGGUUGUUACUAAAGAUUGCUUGGUGACCCUGCCCAGGCCUGGUCUCCUGCAGCCACCCUGCUGCUGGGACAGCCCUGGGCAGGGUGGGGUGUGCGUGUCCAUUUCCUUUGUUGAAUGUCUUCCAUAUCAUGUGUUUCCAUAGCUAUGAUCCGUCCCUUGGCCUUAAUUUUGGAAUCUGGAGAUUAUAUGCAAACAUGUGUAAAGGCUUAUGAAUAUGGAUGACACUGGAAUUUUAUAAAUUCUAAAAUAAAACCCAAAACCGGA